AUGGCGAACGACUAUGUCGGCCAGCUUCUGUCGGAGUACCUUCGUGUGAUUAAUGAAAAGGACAAUGAGAUACAAAAACUUAUAAAGGGUAUGGAAGACCUAAGGAUUUCCCAUAAAAAAUGCGAUGACAAAUUCAAAACGAAACUUAAUUUCCUCAAGUCAGAAAUACACGAAAGAAGCACAACUGAGAUGCAACUCAAAAACAGGAUCGCUGAGAGUGAAGUUGUCAUGAGUGAAUUCUUAUCGCAAAGCGAGACGCUUAAGAAUGAUCUACAGGCUAAAGACAAAGAGUUGCAGGAGGUCUCUGGAAGGUUAUCUACAGAAUGCAAUAAACUUCAAAAAGAGGUUAGGGAACACAUUGAAACUAUAGCGGAACUCAAGCAUCAAAUCGAAGAGUGCAAUAUAGAGCUGAAAGAAGCGGCUAUCAGGCAACAGGAUUUGGAAAAGGGAAAAAGUGCCCAUCACGCGACAAUAUCAGUGCUCCAAGAUAAGGUUCGGUUGUCUGAAGAUACCAUCUGUGACCUCAACGGGACUGUAGCCCUUCUUCAAAACCGACUCCAGGAUUCGAUCUCGCGACAAGAGCACGAGCGUUGUGUGGCUCAGGUUGAGGCGAAAAGUACUGAGAAUACUACCAAGCAUGAACGUAUCACGACGGCACUAAAUCAACAGCUUCAUACGAUGGAAGAAGAAACCAAGGAAUUAAAGAAUGCGCUUAAUCAAUACCGGCAGAGCCUUCAAGAGGCCGCUGCGCAGCGAGAGUCUAGCGAUAAGGUAGUGAGUGAGUUACGACAGCAGCAUCAGGAGCGGGAGCACCUCUUGGAGAUGACGCGCCGUGAAGCUCAGUCGUGGAAGGAGAGCUGCGCAAAGGCUACUGACAUCCAAGCCGAGAUGGGGCGCACGAUCGCGUCCAAGGACGAUCAGCUGCGCCGUACGGUUGAGACUCUACAGGAGACCCGUCUCACACUGGAACGAGUAAAAGUGCAAGCGGACGCAACUGAAAAAUCCAUCCAAAUGCAGUUAAAUUCAAUGUGUGAGAAGUCCAAGCAAUACCAAGAGGAAAUAGAGCGCUACCGCAGACAGUUAGAAAGCAAGGAGAACGCAUUGCGCGAGGCGACAGCAGCCCUAGGAACUCUUAAGGACAAUGUAUCAUUGACAACUAGUAACCUUAGAGAUCAGCUUGCUAUAACGAAUGCCUCCGCAUCUGCCUGUAAAGAAGAAAAUGAACGCUUGAGGCAAGAACUCAAGCAGGAGCAGCUGAAGCGGCAAGAAACACAACACACCCUCAGCCAAGAGGUGGCAGCCCUGCGAAGUAAAAUUGAGGAGUAUCAGGCGGCUGCCCAGACCAGUUGGCAACGUCUGCGGGAUAAGGAGGAGGAGAUACGGAGACUGGAGUUGGUCCACGACAAGGCGCUGAAGGAGCGGAAAUAUGAACACGAAUCCGCUAUGGAGUCUAUGUGUCGUAGCAAGGACGCCGAGAUACAGGAUACACUCUCCCGCCUAGAGCGCUGCCGAGCUGAACUCUUGGACCAUUCAGGUGGCAAUAAGGGCCUUUCUCAGAAUCUCGAGCGAUACGCUGAGCGCACUCGUCAGUUAAUGGAGGAGCUUAGCUGUGCGAAGAGUUCUCUCGUAUCGAAGAAUGAGACCAUUGAGGAGCUUAAGAGGAAUCUGGAGGUUGCGAAUGGCAAACUUGUCCAACAGGAACAACGCAUCACCAUCCAUCUACAGGAGGAAGCUCAGCUUCGGCGCCGUUUAGAGGCGGGGGAGCGCGAUCUAGAGGCUGUGAGGAGCGAUCUUAUUCAUUCAGAGGCCGCCGUCGCCGAGCGCGAUAGCACAGUGCGAAGAUUAGAGGAGACCAUCAACAAGACACAGGGCAAUGAGCAAGCUCAGGAAGCUCGUAUCCAAACGCUCCAUCGACAAAUUGCUGAGCAACAGGAAGCAGAACAGCUCUCUAGAAAGGAGCUCGCCUCACGUGAGAUUCAAAUUGACAAACUAAAGGAUCGUCUGGAGCGGUCUGAGGCUGAAAUCAUUGAGGUGCAAGUGGCCCUCAAACAGGCUCGGCAGAAUACCGAGGCUUCUCAGAAUGCCUUGAAGGCUGCUGAGGAAGAAACGCUGCGCUUGAAGGGAGACCUGAAUAACUGUUCAACUGAGUUCAAACGUACUGUGAAGCACGCUGAGGAGAUUGAAGAGUUGGCUCGGAAAAAAACCGAGGAACUUCGGCAAGCUAUCGAAAGCCGUGACGAAAUGAUUACUACAUUGCAGAAGGAACGGGCAAUUAUCUUGCCUCAUCUAAAUAAAGAGCAAAGCAAAAAUUUAGUUUUACAAGAGAAGCUACAGCACCAUAAGGAGCUUGAACAGCUGACUGCUGUUGGUUUACGGGAGCGCGUUGCUGAUCUAGAAGCAGCUUUGCAUUCCAAAGAGAUGGAAGUAGAGGCAGCAAAGGGGCUUAACACAGACACGCAACGAAGAGUGGAUGAACUCCAAGCACAACUAUGGGGCCUGCAGGAGGCAUCGGAGUCAAGAGAGAAAAAACAUAUUGUAUGUAAGGAGGAGCUCCGAAAGGCUCUUGCGGCUCUUGAAAAGGAGAAGGUAUCUGCCAACAGCCAGGCGGAGCGCUUGGAAUCCGAAGUGGCCUCUGCCAAUGCUUUACGUAGGAAAUUCAAGAAGGAGAAGAGUAGAAUGGAGGCAUCGCUUAAAGAGCUUGAGGAGAAGGUAAAUCUGGCAACACGUGCCGAGAAAGCCAGUCAACAUCGUGAAUCCGCACUUUUGAAGGAUUUGCAGGCGGCAGAGGCCGCUCUAGAGGCCUCAAAGGUGCAGACGCAACGGGCAAUCGAUGCACAAAGAGAGUUGUACCGAGACACCGCGCAUAACGCCACCAUGGUGGAGCAGAAGUGCGCUGAUCUGGAACUCCAACUCAAGUUGGCGCGGGAAAAUGCCGCUUCCACUCGUAGCACGUGCGAUGAGCUACAACGGCGCUUGACUAACAGUUAUACCCGUAGUGCCGAGUACUCCGAGGAGGCCAUUGCGAUGAAGAUUGCGUUUUCGGAGUUGUUGAUGCAGCUUUACCGAGAAACAAUGCAGCAGAUGAAGCGUCAUCUCCAUAGCAGUUGGAUUGUAUGUCAGCAUGCCAAACAUGAGUAUGAGGUGAGAGCGCGUGACCUAGCGGAGCAGAUGACCCUUCAACUAGAGAAAACAAAAACGGAUCAUGAUUUAGCCAUGGAUGCGGAGCUAAACCGCCAUCGUGUGGAGAUUGCGCGUCUCAUGGAGCAGCACCGCGCGGAGCUGGUGGAGUCUCGUCAGGCCGUAUCGGAGAAAGCCUAUGAGAGUCGUCGUGAGAAGGAGGUGGCGUCCUGUGCUCUCCAAGAGAAGGAAGAGGCCCUUCAUGCGGCUACCGUGGAGUUGGAAUGCGCCAGGGUUGAUGCGGUGCAUCUCAGAAAGCAGCUGCGCCUUUUACAGGAACAGCGUGAUGCAGCUGAAGUUCGGGGAUCUGAGCUCCAGCAGAAGCUGGAUGAGGUAUACCGCACGCAGCGUCGCGAGAACGAUGCCCUGCAGCGGAAGCUGAAUGACAGCACUGCCGAGCACCGCCACAACGAGGACGAGAUGCGUGAAUUGCGUGCGGAGAUCACUGCCCUGCAGCAGCUCAUGUCGGAGCAACGAAAGCUCAUCUCCGAGGAGAGGGCGGAGUUCGCAGCGGUAUCGGAGCGUCUGCAGCGGGUCCAAGAGGCUCGCGACGGCGCCGUUGCACAGCUAAAGGACCUCAAAAGUCAGGUUGCCGCCGCCAAAGCGAACCUUGAGAGGAUGCGGGAAAGUCAUCAACUCACGCUAGGAAGCGUGCAACAGGCACAUCAAGCGGAUAAGGAUCGAAUAGGGAAGCUCCAGGAGCAGUUGAGUGCGUCGAACGCCGAGCUUCAGCGUCUGCAGUGCCACGCCGUUACUCAACGCGAUAGAAUCGACAGCAUUGAAGGGGAGCUCCGGACGGCGCGGGCCGCGGAAGCGGAGCUUCUCGCGCGGGUUCAGUCGCUAAGCUCGGGGAUCUCAGCUCUUCGCGAGAAGUGUGCGAAUUUGGAGUCUCUCAAGAACAUCAGCGACGUCGCUUUCGCAGAGGCGCAGCAGCGUGAGCGCAAUUUGAUGGCAAAGCUUGAGGAGUUACGCAACUCACAGCAGCUGAUGCAGGUAUGCUUCGACAAGCAACAGGAGCAGCUCGAGGUGGGGCGGCGUCUGCGGGAGCAACGAUCGGAAUAA